UACUGAGCUAAGAAGAUAAUGGAAAUUAAGUCACUAGACAAAGCCUAUUUCGGUCCUUUUCUCCUCCUCUUCUUCUUCUUCUUCUUCCUCCUCCAGAAGGGAUACAGAGCAGAAAUCGGAAAGCCCACGACACAAACUUGAGUUCAGAAAAUGGAAGAUCGCGAUCAGACUCCUCCGAGUAGCAAUCAGGAUUCGGAUACAGAUGCCAACAUCAGUAUUACGGUUAAGUUCGGUGGAAGAUCAAUACCUAUCACUCCGUCACUGGACUCGUCGAUCAAAGAUGUCAAGUCCCUCCUCCAACCUCUCACCAAUGUCCUCCCUCGUGGGCAGAAGCUCAUUUUCAAAGGGAAGAUUUUGGACGAUUCGAUGACGUUGAGGGCAUCGGAGGUGAAGAAUGGGGCUAAGGUCAUGCUCAUGGCUUCACAGGGGCUACAUCAAGGGGAAGGUCCCAUUUUGAAAGCAGCGCGAGCUCAGCCAAUUAUAAGGGGGACAAACCGUUCUUACAAUGUGGCAAAAGAAAAGGCUGUGGCUACUGUUGAUAAGACGCAUUUGGAACGGUGGAAAAUCACUGGAGUUGUUGCAUUGGCUGAACGCAAUUUGGAGGUAUUGAUAACUCCCUUAUUGCCUGAAGAAGAAAAUCUCAUACCAGACGAGGUGUGGACUUGUGGACCUUCUACAAGGAUCCUCGAUAUCUCUAACAACUCUGUUGAAUAUGUGCCUCCACGAAUUGGUAGUUUGACUUCCAUGCAGAAGUUGUUCAUGAAUGCUAAUGGGUUAUCUGAUCAAUCCAUUAAUUGGGAAGGUCUAUCAUCUCUCAAGUUUCUGACAGUUCUAUCCAUGAAUCAAAAUGACUUGACAGCUCUUCCUCCUGCACUAGGUGCUAUUAGUUCUUUGAGGCAACUGUACGUUGCUAACAACAAGUUAACUAGUCUUCCCAUGGAAAUAGGACAUUUGACUCAGCUCGAAGUGCUGAAGGUCAACAGUAACAGGAUGAGCACCCUGCCUACACACAUUGGCGACUGCAUUUCCCUUGUAGAGGUUGACCUUUCAUCAAAUCUUUUGUCAGAACUACCUGAGACUCUUGGCAACAUGCGAAACCUAAAGGCGUUGUACCUUAGUAACAACGGGCUCCACUCACUUCCUGGCACACUCUUUACUUCCUGCAUCCAGCUCUCUACAUUGGACCUCCAUAACACGGAAAUCACGGUGGACGUUCUCCGUCAGAUUGAAGGAUGGGAAGGUUUUGAUGAACGCCGGCGCUCGAAGCAUCAAAAACAACUAGAUUUUCGAGUUGUGGGCUCUGCUGAAUUUGAUGAAAGUGCUGAUAAAAAGUGAUGGUCCGAUUCUUGUGAUUUUAGGAAAUGGGAGAUGUCUAAUCUUGCAAGACGACCAUCAUAGUGAUAUAAUGAAGUAUUGAUUUCCAUCGAACUACAACAACUUCCCAUGCGUGGAUUAUAUAUGAGAGGCACGCUCACAAAGGAAGAUCUUCUAUCUUCAGAACAACAAUUUUUUAUCAGAAAUUGUCUUUGCUCUUUGGCCUGGAUUAUUGAAUGUGAUCGUAUGAAAGUUGAAAAUGCACACUCCAAAAGGAGAAUUUCCGUGGUAUAAUGUCAUGGCGUCUAAUGUUUUGCUUCAUGAUGGUUUAUUGCUUGAUUCAUGCUAUCACUGUUGCACUACAAUUAAAAAAAAGACAAUAGACGUGUUGUAUUUAAUUA